UGCCUCGGGGAUUUUGUGCUAUCUUUUCUUUCUCUUUUUUCUCUUCAGGGAAUAUUUGUCCUAGGAUUGCCGUAUGCUCUUCUCCACAGUGGAUACAGUGGCCUAUUUCUUAUUAUCUUGGCUGCAGCAUUAUGCUGUUACACAGGCAAAAUUCUAAUUGCUUGCCUGUAUGAAGAAAAUGAAGAUGGACAGCUUAUAAGAGUGAGACACACAUAUGAAGAUAUUGCGAAUGCCUGCUGCAAAAAAAUAUCUCCCAGACUAGGUGGCAUCAUUGUCAACAUGACCCAAGUGAUGGAACUGAUCAUGACAUGUGUUUUGUACCUGGUUGUUAGUGGGAACUUGCUGUCACAUAGUUUUCCAUAUGUACCAGUGACUGAGAAAACUUGGUCUGUAAUUGCAUUUGUUAUACUGCUGCCUUGUGUAUUUAUCAAGACUCUCAAAAUUGUUUCCAAACUCAGCCAGCUUUGCUCCUUGGUCCAUUUCAUUAUCAUCCUUGUAGUGAUGACUUACUGUCUCACGCAAAUGCAUCAGUGGUCCUGGGCAAAAUUCAGACUCUCCAUUGAGUUUGAGGACUUCUUAGUCUCUGUAGGGGUGAUCAUUUUCAGUUACACUUCGCAAAUAUUUCUUCCCACACUCGAAGGUAACAUGAAAAACCCGGGGGAAUUUAGGUGUAUGAUGAAUUGGACUCACUUUUUUGCUUGUGUCUUGAAAACAACCUUUGCACUGACUGCAUUCUUGACCUGGGGUGAAGAGACAAAGGAAGUUAUUACUGACAACCUGCCAUCAUUUCUUGAAACCCUAGUGAAUUUGUGUCUCUUAACCAAGGCUCUUCUUUCUUACCCUUUGCCCUUUUUUGCAGCCACAGAAAUUUUGUAUGCUUGUAUUUCUAGAGGCAACCAUUCUAAUUACACAUCUCCACUGUUUGCUCUGGGUGUAAGAGGCUCAUUUCUCUUGUUAACUCUGCUGAUGGCCAUGUUCAUACCACAUUUUGCCUUGUUGAUGGGUUUCACAGGCAGUAUAACAGGUGCUGCUAUGACUUUUCUUCUUCCUUCUCUCUUCCAUUUAAAACUGAAAUGGAAAAAACUAUCCUUCUUAGAGAUAUGUGCAGAUAUCUCUGUUUUUAUUUUGGGUUUCCUUUGUAGUCUUGCAGGCAUAGUUUGCUCAAUAAAAGGGCUGCUUGAGGUAUUUGGAGGAGUGUAAAAAUAUUUCCUAAAAGCCAAAUAAGGCCCAAAUCUUAUAAACAUUUUACCCCUUUAGUCAGUAUAUAACAGAUUUUGUCACUAGGUAACAUUAAGCAUAUGC